AUGACAGAGGUCUUACAAUCCCUAGCGGGGAUAGGUAUGGCCAUAGGACCUCCUCUCAUCUAUGCUGACCAAGCUUAUAGUAUAGUCAGGAAGCGCGAUUCGUCUGGUUUUUCACAUGAUGUCUGUGGAGUGGUCAUCAUAGCUAAUAUCAUCCGUGUUUUCUUUUGGUUAGGAAAACAAUUUGAACUCCCCCUUCUUGUCCAAUCACUCCUCCUCAUCCUCUCUCAACUUCUCUUACUAUCUUUAUGUCUACACUACGCUCCCGCUUCCUCCCCAGGACCGACUUACGCACCAUUAUCCCCUCUCGCUGAACACCCUCCUUCACCACCUCCCUCCGUUCCCCUUUCUCCUUAUCACCAGGACGUAUCACACGACGCUCAACCCUCACUACAAAAUGAUACCCCAAAUGAAAAUCAUUCCUCCAUCCCGCUCUCACUCUCUGGUCCAUCGCCACGAUUGCAAUCACCUGGUUUUGAGACCUCAGAGGAUAUACCACAUGGCUCUUCUUCAGGCUUGAGAAUAGGUAAGGGAACAAGACCUUUUGGGUUUUGGCAAUGGGAAGGGUAUGGGACAUAUCUUGAAUUUUUAGCGGGGAUGAUUGUCGUUCUGGGUUUAGCUGAACUAAUCUUUGGUCGAUGGAUGUGGUGCGUUCUUCCUGGUUAUUUACAGGUUCUCUCCGACUAUCUAUGGAGAGGGUCGGAGAGCGAGCAAGGAAUCGGAGGGUACAUUGACUCACUCGGUUUCGUGGCACUCACUAUUGAGUCCACUCUCCCAAUCCCACAGUUCAUCUCGAAUUACCGACGGAAAUCCACAUAUGGUUUCCGUUCUUCUACUCUGGCAGGCUGGUUUUUUGGUGAUGCAUACAAAACAGUGUAUUUCUUCGUUCGUAAAGCUCCUUUGCAAUUCCGGAUAACGGCAAUUAUGACUUUAUGUUGGGACAGCGCAGUGUUAUUUCAAAGAAUACGAUAUCGAGCUGCUCCUCCUCGGACGGCAGAAGAGAACGAGGAAGGUAGACAUCUUGCUGUGGAAAGAUGA